AUGCGCUGGUCCGCUCUCGCAGCCAUCGGGAGCGCGCUCCUGGCCCAGCAGGCCCACGCCGUUCCCCACAUCCUGCUGUACACCAGGACGGCCGGCUACCGCCACGAGUCGAUCCCCACGGCCGUCGACACCAUCACCGGCAUCGGCAAUGGCACCUUGCGUGUGCCGUCCGGCAGCCUCGAUGCUUCAAUCGCCGACCUUCGAUGGCAGGCCACCGCCACCAGCGACCAGGCCGCCUUCCGGAACGCCACCUACCUGGCCCAGUUUGACGCCAUCGCCUUCAUCAUGACGACCGACAUCGAUCCGCCGGGCGCUGGCACUGUGCUCGACGACGAGGGCAUCCGCAACUUUGCCACGUACAUCCAGAACGGCGGCGGCUACGUCGGCAUCCACUCGGCGUCGGCCACCCUGUUCGGCGCUCCCUUCUACGGCCGGCUCGUCGGCGCCUACUUCGACUAUCACCCGCAGAUCCAGAGCGUGUCACUCAAGCCAGUCGCCACCGACCAUCCCUCGACGUCCAAGCUGCCCGGAAACUUUGAUAUCCAGGAGGAGGUGUACAAUUUCCGCUCAGACCCUAGAAAGCUACCCUCGCCAGCCAACGUGCUGAUCACCAACGCGUCAAACUACCAGGACCCAGGCGUCAAUCCGCAGGGCUUCCGCAACGGCACCAACGGACCGGCGCCCCAUCCGCUGGCGUGGUACCGCGAGGGAAGGCUGCUCGACACCGAUGGGAGCACCGACGCGAGCGUGCGCGGCGGAGGCGGCGCCAACGUCGAUCCCUCUGGUGGGCCGGGGAGGUCGUGGUACACGUCGCUCGGCCAUGACCGCGCGACCUGGCAGCAGGACUUCUUCCGCGGCCACAUCGCCGGCGGCGUAGGCUGGGUGCUGCAGUCGUCGACGGUCAAGUCGAACAACGCCACCGCCCUUGUGGGGCAGCCGGGUCCAUCGUCGAGCGGAGGGGGUGGGGCCUCGGCAGAAGCGUCCAGCACGGGCGGCAGCGCAAGCAGUAGCGGCGGCGCCGGCGCCACAAGCAGAUCCGCAUCUGGACCAGCCCCGAGCGGCAGCAGCAGCGCGCUCUUGUAA